GCGCGAGCGGUCAAAGCGCCUUCCGGAGGCCGUCGAAGUGAGUUCUUUUCCGUGUCUGUGGCUUUCGGAGCGCUCCGAGCAAGAUUCAAAGAGGACUUCGGCACUGGAGGGGGGUUUUUCUGCACUUUGAUCUCCGCCCUCCCAUUCUUCCUCCACUCCGGCCCUUGCCCUUUGACCCUGCUCUCGCGGCGGGGUGAGAGGUCGGUGGCCAUCUUGUGGCGGCGGCGCGGGCGGCUGUUACUGCGGAGACCCAUCCCCUCCCCCCCCCGGCCCCCCCGGCCGUCUGUCAGUCAGUAAAGAGUCCCGCAGGCCGCCAGGUGAGGCCCCGGCCUCGUGCCGUCGCUCUCCCCGCCGCACUGGGCGGCCCAGGCCGCUCCCUGCCGGGCCUCGCCGCCGCCACCAUGUCCUCUUUCUCGGAGUCGGCGCUGGAGAAGAAGCUCUCGGAGCUGAGCAACUCUCAGCAGAGCGUGCAGACCCUCUCCCUGUGGCUCAUCCACCACCGCAAGCACGCGGGCCCCAUCGUCUCGGUGUGGCACCGCGAGCUCCGUAAAGCCAAAUCAAAUAGAAAGCUUACUUUUCUGUACUUAGCCAACGAUGUCAUUCAAAACAGUAAAAGGAAAGGACCUGAAUUCACUAGAGAAUUUGAGUCUGUCCUUGUGGAUGCUUUUUCUCACGUUGCCAGAGAGGCAGAUGAAGGCUGUAAAAAACCUUUAGAAAGAUUGCUGAACAUCUGGCAAGAAAGAAGUGUGUAUGGCGGCGAGUUCAUACAGCAGCUGAAGCUGUCUAUGGAGGACUCCAAGAGCCCUCCCCCCAAAGUAACAGAGGAGAAGAAGUCUCUAAAGCGAACUUUUCAGCAAAUACAAGAGGAGGAGGAUGACGACUACCCUGGAAGCUACUCUCCCCAAGAUCCUUCUGCAGGACCCCUCUUGACUGAGGAACUAAUCAAAGCUUUGCAGGACCUGGAAAACGCUGCAUCAGGGGAUGCUACUGUCCGACAGAAAAUUGCUUCUUUACCCCAGGAAGUGCAAGACGUUUCUCUUUUGGAAAAAAUAACAGACAAAGAGGCAGCUGAACGUCUUUCAAAAACAGUAGAUGAAGCAUGUCUGUUACUAGCCGAAUAUAACGGGCGCCUGGCGGCAGAACUGGAAGACCGACGCCAGCUGGCUCGGAUGUUGGUGGAGUACACCCAGAACCAGAAAGACGUUUUGUCAGAAAAGGAGAAAAAACUAGAACAUGCAGGAUCUUAGUUCCCUGACCAGGGAUCAAACCUCCACACCCUGCAAUGGAAGCACAGAGUCCUAAUUGCUGGACUGCCAGGAAAGUCCUUACUUUAAUUUUCUAAAAAGAGAGAAAAAAUGAAGAUGAAAGAAAAAUGUUUUCAAAGCAACAAAAGCUGAAAUAAUUCAUCACCAGUAGACCUGAACAAUAAGAAAUGUUAAAGGAAGUUUUUCAGACUAAAGAAAAAUGAUACCAAGAUAGAAAUCUGGAUCUACACAAAGGAAUGGAGAGCACUGAAUAUAACUCCAUGGGGAAGCAUAUGAUUUUUUCUCACAAUUUAAAUGUCUUUAAAAGAUAGUUCACUGUUGAAACAAAAUAAUGUACUUAAAAGAGUUUUAUAACAUACAAAAUAUAUGACAACAGUAGCAUAAAGUCAGAAGGGGGAGAAAUGGAAGUAUUAUUGUAACGAUCUUAUAGUAUUUGUGAUGUGUUAUAAUGUCACUUGAAGGUAGGAUGUGAUAAGGUAAAGGUAUACACUAAAAAGUUUAAAACACCAUGAAAAUAAUGAGUUGUAGCUAAUAAGUGAACAGAGGAGAUAUAAUGAAAUCAUAAAAGUUAUUCAGUUAUUUCAAAAGAAGGCAGAAAAAGGGGAAAAAAUGGAGCAAAGAAUAGAUGAGACGUAGAAAGCAAAUAGCAAGAUGAUAUGCUAAAAUCUGAUUAUAUCAGUAAUCACAUUAAAUGUCUACCUCAGUUAAAAGGCAGAGAUAGCAAGAAAUGUAAAGUGCAUAGUUCCAGGUGUCAGAAUAACCAAGGAAGACGCGACCCACGUACGCACUAGAUGGAACGAUGCUUUACUCACAGAGAGAAGAGACAGAGCCAGAUCUGCUUUAAAUGUGAGCAUUGGUUCCCCAUGGUCAGCGGGUCCUGUCCUGCAACUGACACAGGAGGAUGGUCGGCACAUGCCCCUCUUCUGCUGCAGGAGGAGGCCCCUGUUCCCUCUUCCCAGGAACCAAUAUAAGCAGUGGGGUUAGCCAGGUGCCACUUAAGCGUAACAAAAACAUGCACAUCCCCUGUUAGCAGGGAAGGAUAUUUGCAAACAAGAUGAUAUGCCCAGGACCGGCUGUGAGAACUUCUUACCUUCCUGUAAGGAAAUGUUUCAGGCCCCAGGAACACUUUCAGGCAACUGCGUAAGAGUCAUCAGGCUGUGUAUGACCACCCUUUCCAACAUAUUGACUAUCUGACCCUUUACAAAAGUUUGCCCAGCUCUGGAUUAAUGUAACAUGUACUUCAGCCCAACAGAGACCAUGAUGACUUCUGAAUUACUGGGCUGUGAGUUAAUGAGGUCUCCAUGUAUUUCCUAACAUGCACACUUUCAAAAUAUCAGAAGAUUAGGUUGGGUAGUUCUCCUCUCCCUGUACCAGGAACCCACUGGGUGAUUGUGGGCUGUUAGAUAUGCAUGUGGACUCAAAGCCAGGUUAGAAUGCAUUUCACUUCCCUGGGUGGGCUCUUUGUGAUGUUGCUACCCUGGAGGAGUCCCCUUCAGUUAAGUCUGAGGAGUCCACUUGGCAUGCUCUAGGCUAGAGCAAAGAGCCCUGAACUUGGAACCCAGGUGAAGUCCCAACUCCAUCACUGCAGAAUGGAGUGACUUUAAUUUUAUUUUUUAGUUUUUGGCUGCAUCCUGUGGCAUGUGGGAUAUUAGUUCCCCCACCAGAGAUUGAACCUGUGCCUACUGCAUUGGAAGGCGGAGUCUUAAUCACUGAACUAGCACGGAAGUCCUAGAGUGACUUUAGGCAAGUCACUCCACAUCUCAGGGUGAGGCUGACUUAUCAGGGAGAUGUAUUAUUUCCAGAUCUCCCUGGAAAUCUUGAUCCCUGUGCUUAAUAUGAACAACUGCUCGGAGAGGCAGCACAGGGAGGUUACGGGCACCAGCUCCAGACUCCAACAAUCUGAGUUUGAGUCCCAGUCUCCCCGCUUAAUUGGCACUUUGGCUGAGUGACUUUAUUCCCUGUGUCUUGGUUUCAUCAUCUGUACACUGAGGAUGAUAAUAAUAGACUCUAACUCCGAGGGUUAUGGGGAUUUAAUGAAUAUUGCUAAAGUAAGCUGAGCUACAUGAGUAUUUGUUAAAUAAAUAAAAGCUGUUUACUGAUGUGGAACAAUCCCUUGCAAACUCUGGGCAUGUGAGCCUGGGAUGUGGUACAGCUGGACUCAGCCAUUCUCUGGAGGUCAUAGAGCAAGAACUGUGUCCUCCUACAGUCAAGACAGCUGUUGUGAAAAGAUACUGAAGAGGGACACCAGCCCAUUGCAGGAGAGUAGCUAGGCCUCAAAAUCAAUCUCCCAGGAAUGAUGACCUGGAACAGUUCAGCUUGCAGAUGAGAGGGCAAAUAUGGUGGUGCUCAAUGUACAUAGAGGAAGACAGGCAUAAAAAUGGUUCUUACUUUGAGGAUAAAACUGGGGACAGGAGUUGAAAGUUUCAGUUGGGAGAGCUUCUGACCCAUUAUCAGGAAGACAUUGCCCCACCAAGGCUGGCUGAGCCUUCUUCUCUGGGGUACUGUAGAGAGCUUCUCAAUUAAGGUAGAGAGAUGAGAUGAAACCUGCAAAGGGGACUUCCCUGGUGGUACAGUGGUUAAGAAUCCACCUGCCAGUGCAGGGGAUAUGGGUUUGAUCCCUGGUCUGAGAAGACCCCACAUGCCGCUGAGUAACUAAGCCCACAAGCCACAACUGCUGAGCCUGCCUGCUGCAACUACUGAAGCCUGCAUGCCUAGAGCCUGUGCUCUGCAAAAGGAGAAGCCACAGCAAUGGGAAGCACGUGCACCACAAUGAAGAGAAGCCCCCACUCAUCACAACUGGAGAAAGCUCGUGCACAGCAACCAAGACCCAAUGCCGCCAAAAAAUAAUAAAGUUUAAAAAAGAGAGAGAAACCUGCAAGGGCCCUCCCAUGUGGAAUAGUCCUACACUCUAGUAUUUCUGUUGGCUUUGAGAUUUGAUUACUGAUAAGUGUGGUAGGAAUGAAGCCAGUGCUUUUAAAGUUCCAAAGUUUGAAGCUAGUGUCUGCCCAAAUUCCCUGGGCUACCUCCUGAUGAAGUGCUCACCGGCCUGACAUUACUCUAAGAGCCCCCCACUCCCAUGGAUUUUGAAACACGGGUUGGUGGUGACAGCUCCUGGCAAGGUCAUUGAAAGGCAAUUUAUCUGAGCACUGUCAUUGCUCAAGAACCCGAGGACAGCCCUCCAAACCCUCUUUUGAUAUCGGCACUGAUUGCCUUUGAAACUCCAAAAGGGCCAUCCAGACCCGGCCCCUAGUUUGCCCAGAAUGCAAUGGCAUCUGGAUUUCGUUUCGAUGGCCUGGCAGUCUAUGAAGUCAUUUCCAAGAGGGACUUUCUUAUCUGCCUCAGCCAAAACAAGCAUGGACAGUCCUGAUUCUGAGGUAAUUAAAGUUCAUUAAACUUUGGAAGUACAUUACAGCAUGACCUGUUAUACAUGGAUUCAGAUCAGCCAUGGUUCAAAUCAAGCUCUCCCUUCCCAUCACCAUCUCCUGACCAGCCAUGGAACAAACUGGAAGCGAACUCCCUGUCCCUAGAGGCGACAAACAGUGCCUAUUCGAUCUCUUAUCUUGGGAAUAGUUACAGAGGGGAUUCGCAAAUCCCAAUAGAACAGGGGUUGCAAACUCAAAUGCCCUCAGGACAUGAGAAGGCGAUAGGAAGGAGGGAUUUGGGCAGCUGUGCGCAGGCGAGCGUGUGACACCCGCUCUGUAGUUCAGCCAAGUGUCGAACACCGGAAGGGAAGAUCAGUAUCACCAGAUUGUCAGAUUUUUCUAAGAGAAUGUGGAAACCUGGAUUUGCAUGUAAAAAUAUUUUAGUUUUUAAAUGUUGGCAACUAAUUUGAAUACCAGUUUGGAAUAUAUAUAUUUUUGGACUAUCAGUUUGUUUGUUCUUGGAAUGCCAAUUUGUUUUGGAAUGCCAUAUUGCAUAUUUGCACGUUGAAAGUUACUCUCUGCUGAGGACCUGUGACAGGAGUUUGCACAGCUGAUCAGUCUGAGGAAGAAUCCCUGUUCGAAGAAGAACCUGUUAGCCUUGGAUCAGAGCCUGCAAGUACCUUCAAGUUAAUCCAGUCUGACUACUUGCAGCUUGCUGUAGAGACAGGAGCACUGGCCAGAGAGUCCAGAGCCUGGGGUUCUGGUCCCAGCCCUGUCACUGAUUCCUUAUUUGACCUUGGGAAAGUCUCUGUCCUUCUCUGGCUUCGGUUUCCCCUUCUGGAAUUGGCCCAGAAUGUCUCAGGUCCCUGCCAAUGCAAAUGGUCUAGAGCUCUGCUUGGGAGGAACCCCAAAUUAAAAAUUCUCAAAAGUAGGUCCUGUUCUUGAUUUGGGGUGAAACGGCUAUUUUCAGGACCAGUUGUACAUCUUUGGAACCAGUAGUUCCAGAGCUCAGAAAAGAGUUUACCAGAAACGAGGCUUUCCCAUCAGCUUCUAGAGUUUUUUGCCAAGAUCUUAGGGCUGAUGGAGGUGAUCUGUUAGCAUUCGUCAAGUUCCAGUGGCGAAGGUGAGUGGGGCUUAUGACAGAUGGGAAAUGGCAGGUGAGGGGUCACACAAGGGCCUGGCUUCUUGUCCUGUUCUCAUUCACUCUGCAUCCCAGGAAGUCCUUCCCUGUCUUUGGGUUUCAGUUUCCUCUGAGGAAGUUGUCUGGCUGGUUUCUGAGCCCCCUUUGAGCCCUGGAGUCUUGUGAUUCUAACGAAUUAUUUUUCAAAGUUGUAGUUUUAUCAUCUUCCCAAGGAUUUUAAUUUGUUUUUUAAUUCAAUAGGUGUUUCUUAAGCACCCACUGGUGAUAGGCAUUAUGGAUGCAGUUAGUAAAACCAGGUUUAGUCACUGCCCUCAUGGCACUUAAAGUCUUGGGGAGAGACAGACAGUGACCAAUCAGAUAAAGGCACAGUGGGCCUGACAAAGUGCUAUGACCAGAGGAUGAGUUUUCAACAGGUGGCUUGAACCUAGUCGGGGCCGGAUGGGGACAGCUUCUUCAAGGAAGUGACUCUUGAGCUAAGAUCCCAAGGGUGAUGAGGGGUUAACUAGGUGAAAGGGAUGAGAAAAGUGUUCCCAGAAGAGGAACAGCAUGUGCAAAGCCUCUGCCAGGAGGGCACAGGGUAUGUUUGAGCCCUGAAAGGAGCCAUCAUUGCUGUGAGGUAGGGCUGUCGAGGUUCAGGGCGAGCGAGACCCUGCAGAAUCUUGUCAUCCACGGAGACGGCUUGGGUCUUCCUGCUGAGAAUCAUGAGAAGCCUCUGAAGGAUUUUCAGCAAAGAAAGACAGCAUCAGAUCUGCAUUAAAAAAAAAGACUCCUCCGAAUACUAUUAGGAAGGGACAGAUGAUGGUGGAAGGGAUUGUGGAGGCAGAGGGGAGCAGAAGAGAUGAUGGGGCACCAGUGAGGAGAUGGUGAUGGAGUAAUGACAUCCUGAUGAGACACGAUGGGGGCCUAGCCAAAGCCAUGACGGUCCAGUGUGGUCAGACUCGGAAACUGUUUAGGAUUUUGAACCAACAGGAUGUGGCGACAAAGGGAAUGAGAAGUUGAAGCCAAUCCCGGCUCUCUGCGCAGGUGCAUCUGAAGGUGAGCUGGCCUCAGACCUACGUGUGUGUCCCAGCAGCUGCCCCCCUUGAUGCAGGCAGCCUGUGAGCUGGUCCCCAGUAAUACCCUGCUUCCUGGUUUUCCCACCCUUGUGUAAUUCCCUCCUGAGUGUGGACUGGACUUACUGACUUACAGCUAACAAACAGGAAACAUCAGAAGUGGUGGGUGAAGAGGUUGGUUCUAAAAGGACUGUGCCUUCCACCUUGGGUGCUUCUCUUGCUCCCUCUUCAUCCCUUGUGCUGGGGGAAGCCAGCUGCCUUGACGUGAGGCAGCUCUGUGGACAGGCCCGUGUGAGUGAGCUUGGACAUGGCUCUUCGGAGACCCGCCAACAACUAUGUGAGUGCGUUUGGAAUCCAGUCCUCCCCAAGUCAAGCCUCGACAUGUCUGCCACCAAGGCCGACAACUUGAUUGCUGCUUUGUGAAAACUCUUGACUUAGAACCACCCCGUUAAGCCACGUUCAGAUUCCUGAGCCACAGAAACUGAAAGUUUAUAGUUAUUUGUUAUUUCCAGCAGCUAAAUUUGGGGUAAUUGGUUAGGCAGCAACAGAUCGUCCAUACAGCCCUCCCUAACACAAGCUGGGAAGGGAAGGGUUAACCCCAGGGCCCCCAGGCUGCAAGGUCAAUGCCUCCAGCUUGAGGGACCGUUCAUUACAGAGCUACCGAGUUAUCUAGCGGCUCAGCCAACAUUUGGGUCUGCUGCCAGCUGGGCCUCAGCCCCCCUGUGGCGCCUGUCAGAGCAGGGGCCCCAGAGGGUGGGGGUGGGGGGCAUCCUGGAAACGGACAGAUUUAUUAACAGCCUUGGUUCCCUGCAUCUGCCUGUGGUGCUCCAGCUGCAAGUAAAGCUGGUGAGGCUCUAUGGCCAUGUCUCCGGCAGGGGUCAGGGCUGCCUCAGCUCAUGGAUUGCAGCAUCUUCAGGAGCUCAUGGCCCCCGGUUUGUGGUGUUUGGAGUCCAGAGGGAGGUGCCGAGAGGCUACCCCAAACCCCAGAGACUGCCAGUAACCACAGACAGCAUGUAUGCAGCACCUGCUGGGUGAUGAGCCCUUACAUUCACCAUCUCGUUUAAUCCUCACAAUAACCCUCCGAGAGUAGGAAGACCUAUUAGCUCCACUUUGCAGGUGAGGAAACCAAGGCUCAAGGUCAGGUAGCUAGAGAGUAUAGGACUGACUCCGAAGUCUGCAUGCUUAUGUGCCCUGCCUCCUGGGCCCCUCUGGUAAGGAUUAUGGAUUUGGUGGCUGAAUGGUAUGGGGGGAGCUGCUUCAGGGGAUAAGGUGGGAGAGUUGAGGAGCCCAGGCCCCCCAUGCCUGCCCCAGUGAAAGCAUCAUUAUUGGUCCGUGUUGUGUCUUUAAGGGACUGUGUCAAAUUUCACUUGAAAAACAGUUACAGGGACUUCACUGGUGGUGCAGUGGUUAAGAAACCACCUGCCAGAAACAGAGAUGCAGAUGUAGAGAACAAAC